AUGGGCCAGACUGCAGUACUCCCUCCGAAGAGAAAGGACACUUAUGUUAUGGAACUUCACAUGUGGUACAGAAAAUUCAUCAAGGAAUGCCCCAGUGGACUUAUCACUCUUCAUGAGUUCAGGCGACACUUUUGCGAUGGGACAGUGGGUCCCAAAUCUUCUGAAUAUGCCGAGCAGAUCUUCAGGACUCUGGACGAUAACCGGGAUGGGGCAGUUGAUUACCAUGAAUAUGUGACUGCUGUCAGCCUGUUGAUACAGGGCACUCCUGAAGAAAAACUGAAGUGGUCAUUUAAACUAUACGACAAGGAUAAGGAUGGAACAAUUAGCCGCAUGGAGAUGCUGGAGAUUAUGCAGACGAUAUAUAAAAUGAGUUUGGCUGCUUCCCUCACAGAAGUUGACCCACAGACUGCGGAAGAAUGUACCAACAGAAUCUUCAUCCGACUCGACAAAGACAGAGAUGCUGUUAUCAGCCAGCAGGAAUUCAUCGAGGGAGCUCUGGGAGAUCAGUGGAUCCGUGCGAUGCUGGAAUGCGAUCCCAAUACAGUCGAGGUUCCGAACUCCCCUUAGUCGUGUUGUUCCGCUUGCGGACGCUCAGCCUCGAAAAACGCAACCGAGCAACAGGACAGAUCUGAAGUAAACAACUCGGCGCAUUCAUUCCGGAGGCGUACCUGAUCAGUCAGGAUUGGUACAGCUGUGACGAAAUCCUGUUGCUUGGCUGAGAUCAGAAUUGAAGGAAGGACCAGGACCAGAGAAUAAGGGCAGAAAUCUUCGUUCGG